AUGGGCUCAGGGAGAGCAACAACUGUGAAAAUUACAGUGAGAGGCAGAGCCACCAAACUCAGCUCAGCUAAGAGCAGCUGCAGACCCAUGGGAAGAAAAGCCUCUGAGUUUCUUGGCAUCAUAUACCAUAAUUUUGAAUUCCAGGAAGCUGAUUCUGAUCUGGAUUGUAUUCUAUACAGGCUGGAAUAUGAAAUCAAGAAGUAUCCUAAUUCAGCUGGUGGGAAAGAUCCAGUUACACACUUGAAGAAAUUGUCAGCAAUAAAGUCUUUUCAUCCAACUUUGCCUACACGCUUUAAACCAGUUGCUGUUGAACAGAAAGAGAUGAAAGGCCACGUUUAUAUUACUUUGAAUAAGACUAUGACCGUGAUACAAGAAAUGCAAAAGCUAACAGACCUGGAGCUGUCACCACUGACUGAAGAAGAAAAAACUGCAGAAAAGCAAUUAAAAUCUCACGUGCCAGACUUUGAAAAAAUGAACUUGCCCAAGGGAACUCUAAUAGAGAAGACAUCAGUUUCAGAGAAAUUUAGGAAGAUGUCUUAA